AGGCCGCAGGCGUAGGGCCUGUUCUCAUCUCACUUUUUGCUCUGGCGUCGUUGCCCGCAUUCCCCCUCCUGUCUCGUCUCCCCCUUCUUUUACCACGGCCCCUUUGUUGCGUGUGCUGUGCUAUACUUCAGGAUGGCGACAAUGUAUUCCUUAGCAAUGAUGCCGCGUACGCCCUCGCCCAAAGUGCGAAUCCGAUCCCAGUCGUUCGAUUCCCCUGGCUCUGGCGGCUCGCGGAGCAGUACCACACCAAUUGAGCACUACUCGCCCUUUUCCAAAUCCACGGGCGCCAUCAAGACGCUGAGCAGCUACGAAGCUAUCAAAGCUGUUGCGGAAAAGGUUAUGCGACCUCUCGGUGUGAUGCUCUCCCCGCUCAACACCAAGAUGAGCGAUGACGAGGAGGAGGAAUCGGACACCGAGUCAAGCAGCAGUAAUAAUAGUAGUCCGUCCUCAUCGCCUACUACGACGAGCUUCCACAGCGCAGUGUCAUCAUCCCCUAUAUCAGCAUCGUCGGCGUCGCGACGGAGUAGUCGUCGCAGCCAUCCUCCCGCCGAAACGCACAGUGCGAGCGAUAUUGUCGAGUUUGAGCCCACGUCCCCGUUCUUAUACCAGGAUACGAGCUCCAAAAUGUAUUCGCCGUGGCUGGUGCGUGUGGUGCUGGAUAUGUACGAUGUGAGGGGCUUGUGCUGGAUGGAUAUCGCGGAUCCAAUUGAGCGGGUUUGGGGCGUGCAGACGAGUAGUGCCGAGGUGUUGGGGAUUCUGAGUGAUAAUGGGAGGGUGGGGGUUAGACGGUGGUGGGAUUGAUGACGUCUGCUGUGCUGGUUAUUGUGGGUCGCGCUUGGAGUGUUGUUCUACGUUCCUUUGUUUUUCCUGGGAGCAUGAUGGAAGGCGUUUACAAUGGUCAUGUUUUCACGACGCACGGUAUGGUAUGGUACGGUAUGUGUUCACGACUUAUGACUUUCCCUUCUGGUUCUUGCAGGUAGCCAGGAACAAGCCAGCACGACUUCAUUGAACGAUUCACUAUCACGACUUAUGAUCAGUACGAAAUGUAAAACAUUACAGU